ACCUCUUUCCAUGUCACCUCGCAUGUGUUUUCGGAUACCCUGGGGAAGCAUGGCAUGUACAGGGAUAAUGGGCUCAACACCGCCCUGGAGAAGAGCCACGUCACUGGCCUGGACAACUUCAUCACCGCCUACGACCACCUCAACUUCCGCCCCAGCUACAAAUCCAGCGGCCCCUCAUACUGUUAG